AUGCAGGUGACAUUCUGCAGACUUCGGACUCACCAGUGGUGUUUCAUUCUGUUUAACGUUAUCCUAUUCCAUGCCUUGUUUUUUGGGGCUGAUUUUGUGGAAGAAUACUUUCUGCAUGCUUUGCCUUACGUAGAUAUGAAAGUUCUUGAAAUUAAGGCUAGGGCAAGAAAAUUGAACACGGAGCCCCUGAGAAGUAACCUUUCCAAAUAUUAUGUCUUGAGCCAGUCGGAGGUGUGUAAAGGGAAGGAUAUAUUUUUGCUCUCUCUCAUCUUCAGUAGUCCCGGAAAUCGGACAAGACGGGACCUCAUCAGAAAAACCUGGGGUAACAUGACCAGUGUCCAAAAGCAUCCCAUCCUCACACUGUUUGCUUUGGGGAUGCCUAUUUUGGCAAGUACCCAGAAGGAGAUAGACCAAGAGUCCUAUACAAAUAACGAUAUAAUCGAAGGAAUCUUUUUGGACAGUGCCGAGAACCAAACUCUAAAGAUCAUCACAAUGACCCAGUGGGCUGUGACCUUCUGCCCUAAUGCUUUAUUCAUUCUUAAAGUUGAUGAAGAUGUGUUUGUCAAUCUACUGAGCUUGAUCAGUUACCUUCUCAAUCUGAAAGCACACCUUGAAGAUAUCUAUGUAGGAAGAGUUAUCCACCAGGAUAUGCCCAAUAGAGACCCUACUAGCCAAGAAUUUGUCCCUCUUAUCGAAUACCCAGAAAAGUACUACCCGGAUUACUGUAGUGGUGAGGCUUUUAUUAUGUCCCAAGACGUGGCUCGGAUGAUGUAUAUAGUUUUCAAAGAAGUACCCAUUAUGGUACCUGCUGAUGUGUUUGUAGGGAUUUGUGCCAAGCUUGUUGGCCUCAUACCCAUCCACAGUUCAAGGUUUUCUGGGAAAAGACACAUCAGAUACAACAGAUGUUGCUAUAAGUUCAUCUUCACAUCUUCAGAAACUACUGAUGCCGAAGUGCCCUUGGCAUGGAAGGAAAUUAAUGAUGGGAAAGAAUGUACACUGUUGGAAACUUACUCUGGGCUAAUUUCCUGCAAGCUUCUGACAUACCUUGACAGCUUUAAACGUUUUCAUAUUGGUACCGUAAAAAACAAUGCCAUGUAUUCUGGGGAUUAG